AUGAACGUGGCAUCGCAGUUCAAGCAUGGUCAAUCCGGCUCGGACCAAUCACAGCAACAAUUACAAUCGCAACAUAUACUACAGCAACUGCAACAGCAGCAAGGUCAGCCCAUCUACUCAUCACUGGACGGAUAUGGGUCUCAACCCCAGCAGAGAGAGUCGGUUUUAAACCCGGCCUCGGCUCUGGCCCAGACCAUCUACCAGAACCAGUUCAGGUCUAACCAGGUACAACCACAAGGCAACGCUUCUCAGCAGGGCCAAUCCCAGAUCCAGUCAUUGAACCAGCAACUUCAGCAACAGUUACAACAACAGCAGCAUCAGCAACAGCAACAGCAGCCAGGAACACCCCAGUCACAUGUCUUGGGAUUGGCCCAGCAACUUCGUCCGAAUGAUCGCGCUCAUGCCUCGAUAGACAUGGAUGCGUCUUUGGCAAGUUCUGUUCACUGGCAGCAUCAAGUUCAACUAGCCCAACUGUCCAGAAACUCCAGCGUUCCCCAUUUCUAUGCAAGACAAGCGGCUGCAUCCUCAAGAAAGGCCCUAAAUGGGACUUCUGUCUUGGAGACCAAGUCCAACUCGUUAGUGGAGCAGACGAAGAGCCUGUUGAGCAGUGUUCCGGAGGACGUAGAGCAGACCAAUGGUGAGACAAACCGAAACCCCUUAUUACAGCACAAGAAACUGACUAAUGACACAAUAGAUGACGACGAAGAAGAACAGAGAAUAAGGCUACAGGAGAACAACAAGCAGUUGUGGACCUCGUUAGACUUGUCUGGACAAGAUCUGAUGAACGUUUCACCCAAGCUGUUCAACUACGAAUUCUUGAGCAAACUCUAUCUCAACGGCAACAAACUUAGGUUUGUUCCACCGGCAAUCUCUAAGCUCAAGAGUCUCAGAAUGGUGGAUCUUUCUCAGAAUCAACUUACUGAGUUUCCUAGCGAGCUUGGUACAUUGUUCAACUUGAGAUAUCUCUACGCUUUCGAUAACAAUCUCACCACCGUUCCCUAUGAGUUCGGAAAGCUCUUCAGCUUGGAGUUUCUUGGAAUUGAGGGAAACACUGCUAUGAAUCCCGAUUUUUUGCGCAUUUUGGCUUCAAAAGGCACCAAGGGCUUAGUGGUACAUCUCCGUGAUACCGCGCCGCCUCCUUCGCCUCCUAAGAAGAGACCAUGGAUCACUUUGGGUGACGACGGAGAACCUGUGGAUCAGGGAGAGAUAGAUGUGACGGAAAGUUCCAACGCUUUUACGGUGAUGAGCUACAACACGUUGUGUCAGCACUAUGCCACUCCAAGCAUGUACAAGUUUGUGCCUUCUUGGGCAUUGAAUUGGGAGUACCGAAGGGACCACCUGACCAAGGAGGUAAUGUCUGUCGGUACCGAUAUUAUCUGUUUGCAGGAGGUUGAGAGCAGAACCUACGACGAAUACUGGGUUCCGUUGAUGGAGAAGGCCGGCUACAAGGGUGUUUUUUACUGUAAGAGCAGAGCGAGAACGAUGAGUGAAAAGGGAGCCAAGAAAGUGGAUGGAUGUGCUACUUUCUACAAGACUUCCAAGUUCGAACUCAGCGAGAAGAAGCUGUUGGAAUACGGUUAUAUCGUGAUGGGACAGGACAAGUUCAAAAAGACGGAAGACGUCUUCAACCGUUUUAUGAACAAGGAUAACAUUGGUGCAGUUCUGGUAUUGACCCACAUUUCCACUGACACGAAAAUAAUCGUGGUAAAUACUCAUUUGCAUUGGGACCCUGCUUUCAACGAUGUUAAGACUUUGCAAGUCGGUGUUCUUCUGGACGAAUUGCAACAGAUGACCAAGAGACUGGCCAAGUACGGACCUCCCUCCGAGAUGCAGAAGAUUCCGCUAGUUGUGUGUGGUGAUUUGAAUUCUCAAACCAACAGUGCUGUUUACCAAUUGUUCUCGCAAGGUACUGUGAAGGAGCAUUCGGAUAUCGAAGGCAGAGACUACGGAAAAUUUACCGAGGAGGGGUUUUCGCAUCCGUUCCAUUUCAGCUCGGCUUACAACAGCAUUGGUGAGUUGCCAUUCACAAACUUGUCUCCAACUUUCACCGAUGUGAUUGACUAUAUCUGGUAUACUACGCCAACACUUGUGGUCAAGGGUCUUCUGGGUCAAGUUGAUCCUGAUUAUCUGAAGAAUGUUAUCGGGUUGCCUGAUCCAGAAAUCCCAUCCGAUCACAUCCCUCUGGUUGUCAAGUUUGAGAUCAAGAAGUCGAAGGAUAAGAAGACGGACGGGUUCAAAGCGGACUUUAAGUCCAUUUCGAACUCGAGCAGAAAAAUUUGA